GAGAAGACGAGGCGGCGGAGGCAGGCAAAGCCCCAGCCCCUCGCCUCAGGGGGGCUCGCUUGCCCUUUGGGAGCGCUUUUGGGCCGCUUGAUUUGUUUGUUUUCGUCUCUCUCCUUCCCGUACCCACCGCCCGUGGUCUGGCUGCUUCUCUCUCUCUCUCUCUCCGUCCCUCCCUCCCCCCGCCCCUCUUUCUUUAUUUUUGUGUAUAUAUCAGCCCUCUCCCGCCUUCUUCGUUUGGAUCUUCGUCCGGUUGCAUUUGGGGAGACUUAAGAGAGAAAGGGAGAAGGGGGGGGAACAGACUUUAUCUCUCCGUCUCCACACAUACACACAAACAUAAACCACCUAUCCAAACACAUCGAAAGAGAGAGCACAAAAAAAAGCAGCAGCAAAAGGGGAACGAGAAGUAGAUUGGGAAAGCCAGCGCAAAAGACGCCGAGAGAGCGAGAGAGAGAGAGAUCUGCCCAGCCAAAGAGGCAGAGUUGCGCGUUGGCGAUCGCUUGCCGGAUAUUUCCUCUCGCCUGCUGCCCCUUGUGCUCUCCCUCUCCGAGCGUAAAUCCAUCCUCCUCAGAGCACCGACACAGAAAGGAGACAGGCGCAAAAGUCUAUCCUUUGCAACUCCAACCAUGGUGGGAAGGGCUCAGCCCGAUCGGAGACAAUUCCCGUUGGUCCUACUGAGAUUGCUCUGCCUUCUCCCUACAGGGCUGCCGGUCCGCAGCGUGGAUUAUAACCGAGGCACCGACAACAUCACGGUGAGGCAGGGAGACACAGCCAUCCUCAGGUGUUUUAUAGAAGACAAAAGCUCCAAGGUGGCUUGGUUAAAUCGUUCUGGCAUCAUUUUUGCUGGUCAGGACAAGUGGUCCCUGGAUCCCCGAGUAGAGCUCCAGCAACUUUCUCUUCUGGAAUACAGCCUCCGGAUCCAGAAAGUGGACGUCUAUGAUGAAGGGUCAUAUACAUGCUCAGUACAAACAUUGCAUCAUCCCAAGACUUCCCAGGUUUAUUUGAUUGUUCAAGUUCCGCCAAAGAUCUCCAACAUCUCUUCAGAUGUCACUGUGAAUGAAGGCAGUAAUGUGACCCUGCUGUGUAUGGCAAACGGACGUCCUGAACCUGUCAUCACCUGGAGGCACCUCACCCCUACAGGCAGGGAAUUUGAAGGUGAGGAAGAGUUCCUGGAGAUCCUGGGGAUAACACGAGAGCAGUCAGGCAAGUAUGAAUGCAAGGCUGCAAACGAGGUUUCCACAGCAGAUGUCAAGCAAGUCCGAGUCACUGUGAAUUAUCCUCCAACUAUCACGGAAUCGAAGAGCAAUGAAUCUGCUACAGGACGACCAGUUUCACUUAAGUGUGCAGCCUCUGCUGUGCCUACGCCCGAUUUUGAGUGGUACAGAGAUGACACUAGGAUAAAUAAUGCCAAUGGUUUGGAGAUCAGGAGCACAGGGAGCCAGUCCUUCCUGACGGUGGCCAAUGUCACUGAAGAACAUUAUGGCAACUACACCUGUGUGGCUACCAACAAACUGGGAAUCACAAAUGCUAGCCUAUUUCUUUACAGACCUGGUACAGGGAUAGCAGGCAAUGGAUCAAUGUGUCUGGCCGUACCACUGUGGCUGUUGGCAGCGUCCCUGCUCUGCCUACUCAGCAAAUGUUAAUAACAUCCGAAUUUUAAAAAAGGGAAAAAAAUAAAAACCCAGCAACAACAAGAACAACACACAAAGCAAAACAAAACAAAAAAUGUCAUACAGGAGACAGAGCAAGAGAGAGAGGGGGGAGGGAAAGGACAGCUUCUUUCACAACUUUUGUGUGUACCACAAUGAAGGGGGGAAAUCUCAAUGAAGAAAAAUCAGCAACAUUAUUAUAACAAACUGUCAAGUCACUGACCAUCCAGGAGUAUGAGAGACCAGAUGGAUCACUCUAUGGAGGCUGGAUCCUACCAAGGAUGCUGAGAUACUGUAAAAAGAAAAUAUCAACAAUGAAAUUACUUUUAAUCUCUCCAUUCCCUCAUAUCAUUUUCUCCUUCCUUCCUUCCUUCCUGGAAAGAGAUGGCCUUUGCUUUGGUGUCAAUAGCCACUAUCUUUUGAUUGGCUUGCUAAUUUCUUAAACUGAUACUUCGCUUUUUCAGAUAUCUGGCAAUCAGUGAUGCAGAUUUCUCUUGUAUACUGGUGUCCCAUGAAGAAACGCCACAUGGCCCUUACCUAGCUGCUUCCCCUUUUAGGCUGUCCCAUGUAUUCCUGGGCACCCUUACCCCACAAUGCAUUGAUUAUACUAAAUCAUACCAAUUUUACUCACCUGCCCUCUUGUUCUUGCCAGCCCCUGGUCUCUCUUUCUCUCUUUCUCUCUCUCUUAUGUGUGUGUAUGUAUGUGUGUGUGCCAUUCUCUCUUUCUCUCUCUCCCCCCUCUCUCUAAAGCAUGCAAAGGGAGCAGUCCCUGUGUACAUAAAUUCAUCAAACUGUAGAUAAUGACUUGCAUUGUACAUGACGUUGAAAGUUUGCUUGGAUGUGGAUUCAGCCGUACCUAGGGCCAUAGAUCACUAAGCCUCAAGGAGGUCGCUAAAUUAUAUUAAUAUUUGAGGGUGUAGAGCUCUGGAAUGAGUGAUGUCUGGAAAAGAUUACACCUUAUAGUGCGGACAAAUGUUUGGAAACUAAAUUGUAACAAAAGAUCCCAUUGUCCAGAUGACACUGUCCACUGCUGAAUCUCUCAAGCAAGGGAGAUCUGCAAGUGUGGCUCAGCCAAAAACAAGCAAGCUCUAUGCAGGGUAUAACUGGUCCUAGAGAUAAAGAAGUGAGGAAAACGAAUGUUGAAUAGCACCCAGAAGGCUCAGUAGAAGGUAGAGAUUAACCUGGGUCCUGUUGUACAAGGCUAAAUUGGUGCCCUAGGAGUUCCAGGAGAUAGGCCACCAUAAGUCUGCUGUAGAAGGACACCAGUGGAUGGACCAGCCAUUAUGGCAUGUAGGCUGCACAUCUAGCUCUAUUGUAGCUCUGCUCCUUGAUCCUGGUCUUGCUCACUUGCAUAGUGGGCGCUCUUCUGUGUCUGGACUAAAAUGGACAGGGUCAAUGACAGGCAGUCCGAUCGUUGUGGGUUUCAUAGGCUUAUAGAAUGGUUUGGAGGAAUACCCACUGCAGAAAGCAGAUAGUACAAAGGGGGCACCUUAUUGGGUCCUUAUAUGAAGAGAAUAAGGGAACCGUUCUCCAUUAGCUUUUUUUUCCAUUUCCCAGCUGUUCUAAUGUUACCAACCCCUCUAACCCCUGAGCCAGACCAGUGUCCCAAAGGUAACUAUUUUCCUCAUCUGAUAAGGAGGUGGGAAAUACCUCUCCAGUCUCAGGAAGGUGUAUUAUACCCAACACCUUAGAAUGCAUAACCAUUCUAUGGAAAUAAAGCUCUGUAAUGAUAGCAAAUAAUGCUCCAUUUCAAUUUGAUACCCUUUAAAAAGCCAGCAAGGCAACUGGGAUGCAUCUAAGGUAUAGAACUUAGAAAAGCCAUCUCCCAAAUCCUGAACAGAGGACUACUUGCAAAAGGAAGAGAAAAGAGUUUCCAGUAAAAGUUAUGCCUCCAGUGAUAUCUCAUUUACCUAUUUUACAGUGUGGUUGGCUCCUGGUAUUCAUAGCAUAGAAACAAUUCAAGUGCAAGAGAUUAAUUGGACCCUCACUAAUAACUGCAGAUGGAGAUGGGGAUGGGAUAUUACGUCUCAAGCCAGGUAACAAAAGAGGGCCCUGUGUACAUUCCUAGUGUGAAGAAGAACUAUCUGUGUAAUAGACUCACUCGUUUGGUACUGAAAACUGGGCACAGGUGAAUCUAAACAAAUUAAUUUCACUCUCAUUUGCUAUGCUGGAUAUCUCAAAAAGGACAAGAUGAAUUAAUUAUGGCUACAUAUUCCUGGCCCAAAGCGGGUGCCUAUAUUUUUUGAAACUGCAAGCACAGCAUCUGUGAUACUGGCACAAUGAGAAAAUAAGCCCGAACUAUCAAAAAUGUCCUGGUCAUAUAGCUAUUAAAGGCAAAUGGGUAUCUUUCAGUGGGUAUUGUCAAACCGAGAGUUAAUAUACCAGGGUUUAGCCCCUAGCCACCAGUUUGGUUGGAUUUUUGGGUGCAUGUCAGUUGCACCAUCUCAGUUUGUCUGUAAAAAGCAUGGAUUCUUCUGAAAGCAACACCUGGUUUGGCAAGGUGGCUGGUUUUGUGUUGGAGAAUUGCUGGUUCUUCAUCUACAAGAGAUGUGGUGGGUCGGAUUCAGAAACUGUGUGAGGCAAAUCCACACUUAAAUGCUUUGGCUUCCCUUCCACUGAACUGACAACCAACAAAAAUCUCUUCUCACCCAGUUCUGCCAGCGGAUGUGUCAAUUGGGCAGGGGUGUGUGUGCUAAGCUGCAAUGCAAUCCCUAUAUUAGCGGAAGAGGUCACUUUAGGCUUGGAAAUAGAGAUGCAAAGUGUGUGUGUGUGUGUGCGCGCGCGCAUGCCUGCCCACGCACACAUUAAAUCCUUCCUUUUGUUAUAACAAGAACCAGUCCAUUGCAAAGAGCUCCCUGCAGCUCCAUGCCUGCACAGCAAGACAGUUCUCACCUUGAUCAACAGCACAGCAGCGUCCCCUCCUGCUGCUUUAGCCUUUUCUUUUUGCUGAAGUCUGCAGUUUUGAGCAGACUCUGGCAGUCAAUUAAGCAGGCAGCCAGGCUUCUCAGUACCAUCCUUCCAAGGAUUACAAUUUACUAUUGGACAGCUAGUAAAGGAUUACAGAACAAGAAGCAGAACA